AUGAUCCAGGGUGCCUUGCAGCCUGACGGCCCUGGCUGGGGUUGGGAUGCGGAUGGGGACGAUGACUGGAACGGUGCUGUGCUGACCCUGCUGGCGCUGGCUGUGGUGGCUGCCACGGCACUGGCUUUGCACUGGUUUGGCUCUGGGCAUGACCAGGAGGCAGCAGGACCAGCGUCCAUUGCCCCCGGGGCCCAGCCUUCUCAGGCGGGAGGAGCCAGGCCAGCCCUACCCCCAAAGACUAAGGUCAGUGAUGGCGUCGAGGGACCCAGCUCAGGGCAGGGGAAGCCAGACCCUCCAGGACGCGGCCAGGGGAGUCCAGCGGCAGCAGGGGCCCAGGAUCAGGAGCCCCCAGGAAGUGGAGGUCUGGCUGCCACAGCCGCACCUCCACUCAAGACACCUGGUGAAGUGGCCAGCGGAGGGGCCUUGGGACAGCAGCAUGGUAAUGCCACCCCAGAAGCCACCCGAGGAGCUGCCGUCAUCACACACCCUGCAGACCAGGCCCCUGACAGGUGGCUCAAAGGGCAGGGAACCACAGAAGCCUGCAAUGCAGGGAAGGCCAACGGCUCUGGAGACCACUCCUUCUUCAGCUCACGGCCGGGCAGGACAGAAAAGUCAGGGGGCCCCAGCGUGGGAGAAGGGAGUGUAUUCCGGCAAGGCCAGGGAGAGCAGAACAGUGGGCAGGUGGCCAACCCACCGCCCCAGCCCCAGCUGCUGUCCCAGCCCCAGCCACUGCCCCAGCCCCGGAGCCAGCCCCAAUCUCAGCCCCAGCUGCAGCCGCAGCCCCUGCGCCAGCCCUAG